AGUGAUUGUGGGCAUCUGCGAGGUAUCUCUCAUUAUGCGUGACUGUUGGCCUGUUGUUUUUCUCCAUAGUUUAAAUCCGACAUCUGUACGAAAAUAAAUCUAGGAAGUUCAAUUUCUCUCGCUGAUAGGAUGAAUGAGGCUCUUUAUCAACCUUGCAAACGGCAAGUUUCGUUUUUCUUUAGCCUUUAUUAAUCAUACAGAUACAGUCUGUGGUGUCUCAGGCUAUAGUGGAUAAUGGCCAAACUGUUCCGAGCUGUGAUCAUGGGUCCACCAGGUUCUGGGAAGGGGACCAUAUCUGAAAGAAUUGCGCAGAGCUUUGGACUCAAACAUUUGUCCAGUGGUGACUUCCUUCGGGAGAACAUAGCUGCAAAUACAGAGGCUGGUGUUCUUGCUAAGACCUACAUAGAGAGGGGUCUGAUGGUGCCGGACCAUGUGAUGACACGGCUCUUACUGCCCAGGCUGGAGGAGAUGACUCGCCACAGCUGGCUGAUGGAUGGGUUUCCCUGUACCCUAGCCCAGGCCAAGGCUCUGAACAGUACCUGUGAUCUGGACCUGGUCAUCAGCCUCAACAUCCCUUAUGAGACCCUGAAGGACCGGCUGAGUGACCGCUGGAUCCAUCCAGCCAGCGGCAGGGUCUACAACAUGGGAUUCAACCCUCCACGCGUACAGGGCAGGGAUGACCUCAGCGGAGAGCCUCUGAUCCAGCAUGAUAAUGACCAACCAGAGGCCCUAGUGGCCAGACUGAGGCACUACAAGGACGUGGCCAAGCCAGUCAUAGACCUGUACAAGUCAAAGGGCAUCCUGCACACGUUUUCUGGCACAGAGACCGACAGGAUCUGGCCUUACAUCAACUCUCUUCUCAGCACUAAGAUCCUUAGCAGACCUGAGACGGACACACAGCACAUCCCAAUGCCCUGAGCUGAGCAGAGCAGAGGUGACACAGUAGGAGUGCAGGCCAUGCACAGGAGCUGUUAGGAGCCUCUUUAGCUUGGCAGUUGCUACCGAAACAUGUCUGCAAAUACAAUCGUAUGCACUACAUACAGGUGAAGUCAAAAGUUUACAUACACUUAGGUUGGAGUCAUUAAAACUUGUUUUUCAACCACCCCACAGAUUUCUUGUUAACAAACUAUAGUUUUGGCAAGUUGGUUAGGACAUCUACUUUGUGCAUGAC